AUGUGUGAUAAGCCUACAACUUCUAUUGGACCUACAGAUUUUCGUGCCACUGACAAAGAUCAGUCAGAUGAACUCAAUCAGAAUCCCCUCAAAACAACUAGAUGUGGACAAAAUUUCACAAAACUUACAAGCACUGAAGACAAUCGAAGAAUUGUGUCUCUGCCUAGAAAAUUAUUGGUCACAUCUUUGCCUACGAACAAAAUUAUAGCGGAAAACAGAUUUCAUUCUCUUCAAAAAAGACUUGCAUCUAGUGAUGUGUUAAAGACACAAUAUGACAAAUGCAUGCUGAAUUAUAUUGAACAAAAGGAUGUUGAAGUUUCUUCCAUAGAUGAAUCCAAUGAGAAGCCAGUAUAUUAUUACCUUCCUCAUCAUGCUGUAAGAAAGAAAACGCAAUCUGAAACCAAGUGGAGAAUUGUGUUUGACGCUUCCUCGCAUGCUCCAGCAAUGACUUUCACUGAACGAUACCUUGGAAGCUGGCCCGAAUCUUCUUCCUGA